CCAUUUUCUCCAUGACUGUUCAAUCAGUUAGUGUGAUCCGGAAACUGUUCUUGCCUUUGAGUAAUGUACCAUCAAACGCAAGUUAAAUUCUUCGGAGAAAAAGCAAGGAGCUAGAUUUUAAGAAAAACUUCUAGCGUUCAGUUGUGGGACAAUUUUAUCCACGGCUUUGUGAACCGAAUGGAUAAUCUACCAUUUUAUUUAGAAACAACAGACCUUUGGUGUUAUAUUUGGAUGGUCCGGAGCACAUUGGCUUAUGUGAAGGAAAUCAGACGAAUAAAGUGGAGAUAUCAAACUUGUACUAACAGCGCCAGGACUGUCCAAGACGGAUUCAUUCAUUAUAACAUUUGAAUUAUGCUCGCUAGUAUAACUUUAUCAAAUUAAAACCAUUCCUAUGCCGUAGUUUCCAAUGCAUAAUCACCAGUAGGCUUCGAUAAAAUUAAACAUGCAGAGUAACAUAAAAAGAUAUAUACCUUUCAAGAGCGGGUAAAUUCAUUGAUGUAUUUAGUCUCUUCCGAAGAACGAUUCACAGAACGCAAAGGUGACUUUGACAAACACGAAAUAUUAGGUCUAGAACGAGGAAAAUAUUCAUAAGAUUUGCUUCAAAAUUGGGUCCACAGAUUAUUAGCACAACAUGGCUGAACGAGUACCAAAUGAGCCUGCUGAGGUCGAUAAAGCUCUUUUAAGUGCAGUUAUUAAUGGCCGUUUAAAUGUAGUCCAGUACCUCGCUGGUCAAGGAGCACAAAUUGACACUUAUGAUAGUAAUGGUAAGACACCACUUCAUGUGGCAACAUUGCAGGGUCUUCUUGAGGUAGUUCAGUAUCUCAUUGGUAAAGGAGCACAGGUUGAUAAGCCUACUAAAGAAGGUACGACGGCUCUUCUUUUUGCAUCAGAUGCAGGUCAUCUUGACGUAGUUGAGUACCUCGUUGGUCAAGGAGCAAAGGUUGAGGAGUGUGGUAAUAAUGGUGUGACACCACUUUAUGUUGCAUCACAAAAGGGUCAUCUUGAGGUAGUUAAGUACCUCGCUGGUCAAGGAGCACAGAUCGAAGAGUCUUCUAAUGCUGGUUUUACACCACUUCAUGUUGCAUCACAAAAUGGUCAUCUUAAAGUAGUUGAGUACCUCGCUGGUCAAGGAGCACAGAUCGAAGAGUCAUCUAAUGAUGGUUUUACACCACUUCAUGUUGCAUCACAGGAGGGUCAUCUUGACGUAGUUGAGUACCUUGUUAGUCAAGGAGCACAUGUAGACAGUUGCAAUGAUGUUGAUGCGACACCACUUCAUGUCGCAUCAAAUAAAGGCCAUCUUGAUGUAGUUCAGUAUCUCAUUGGUAAAGGAGCACAGAUUGAUAAGCCUACUAAAACAGGUGCGACGGCUUUUCUUUUUGCAUCAGGUGCAGGUCAUCUUGAUGUAGUUCAGUAUCUCACGAGUAAACAAGCAGAUAAAGAAGAAGCAUCACCUGAAGGAAUAACCGAGGCAUCACUUGGAAACACAAAUUUUACAUCUCCGAGACCGUUGGCAUCCAAAGUAUUCGACAUUCCUCCUCAAGGUACAUCAGCAGCAGUCGGUGAAGUAUCUACUUCUACAGCAAGGAGUCAUCUCAAACGGGAAGAGGGUUUUGAUGGCGUCUUGAAAAAAGUGGCGUGUCUCAUCCCAGACAACACGAAAAUACAUUCUCUCGGCAAGGCCCUUGGUUUUGAUCCAGCCGAAAUUGAGAGGUACAUAGCCACGAAUACCCGUUGUCAGCAUGUGACGUAUAAUGAUGGUACAUUGAAGAUGCUCCGCGAUUGGCGAGAUAACCAGACAGAUGCAGAAGAACGACCAGCUCUUGCAGAUGCCUUGAAGCUGGCAGGGCUUGAAAGACUUACAGACAUGUUCUCGAGGAAUUCUAAGGUUCCAGAUCUCCAAACCGGAAUAACUCAAGCAUCACUAGUGAACACAAAUUCCACAUCUCCGAGACCGUCAACGUCGGCGUCCAAAGUAGUCGACAUUCCUCUUCAAGGUGAAUCAGCAGCAGUCGGUGUAGUAUCUACUUCUACAGCAAGGAAAGUGAGCGACGCAAUGCUAAAUAAUUUGGCAAGAAAAAUUCCAGUCCGCAACUACGACACGUUUAGCGAAAGGCUAGGAGUCGAGCACAACCAGGCCAUGAAUAUUCUCGAAAGUAUCAAAGAUGGUACUGAAAAGUUUUGA